UCAUCACUUCCUACUUAAUCCACAACAAUAUUAAAUCCACUCUUUCUAAAAACAAAAAAUUCCUCCUAUGCUUAGGAUUUUAGAUUAAGAGUUAAUCCAUAUUAAUUAAUUAGGAAACAAAUUAAUUAGGAUAAAUGGGUAAAGGAAGAAAGCCAUGUUGCGACAAAGCCGGUGUGAAAAGGGGACCGUGGUCUCAAGCUGAGGAUUUUAAGCUCAUCUCCUUCAUUCAAAACCAUGGUCAUAAUAAUUGGCGAGCUCUUCCUAAACUUGCAGGAUUAGCACGUUGUGGGAAAAGUUGUCGCUUAAGAUGGGUUAAUUACCUCCGACCAGAUCUCAAACGCGGUGAUUUCAAUCCCCAUGAAGAGGAAGCCAUAAUCAAGCUACAUCAAGUGCUAGGAAACAAAUGGUCAAAGAUAGCAUCACAUUUCCCAGGAAGAACGGACAAUGAGAUCAAGAAUGUAUGGAACACUCACUUAAAGAAACGUCUCAAAGAUAAAGGAAGUAACAAUGAUUCUCAAGUAUCAUUAUCUUCAUCAUCAUCAUCAUCAUCAUGUAAUAACAAUACAUCAUCUACUCCUAAUGAGGUUCUUGAUGGAAGCAACAAAGUACAACAAGUCCUAAUUGCACACCAAACAAUCAUCAUCAACAACAACAACAACAACAACAACAACAACAACGAUGACAAUGACAAUAAUGUCGAGUAUUCAAGCUCUUCUUCAACCUCUUACAAUUCGCAAACCUCGUUUUCAAACCAUCAAAUAACCAUUAAUAAUGAUAUGAACCCUAGUAUGGUCGAAAAUGUGGGUGAUCACAAAGAUGAAACAAUGGAAAAUUACACCGAAAAUAUAUUAGAUGAGCUAAUUGAAAUUCCGUAUGAGCCUAACUUGGACUUAUGGGAGUUGUUACAAGGCGAAAAUGAAGUCCAAUUCAAAGAUGUUGACACUCCAAUCUCUGAAAAUGACAACAAGAAUGAAAAUGUUAAGCAAGGUGGUGAAAGCUGGUGGUGGUUAGUAUACUUGGAAAAUGAACUUGGACUUGAUCAUCAAAAUCAUCAAUCUACCAAUAAUGACUUCUUUUCAGAUAUUAAUUUCCAUCUAAGUUCACCUAAUUAGUUCAUCAUCUUCAACUUCAAUUCAUAUAAAUAUAUGUAUAUAGUACUGUGUAAUUAGUACGUAGUUAAUUAUGUCAAAUACUAUAGAUGGCAAAUUAAAUAAAGUUUAGUUUGUCAUUUGUCAAGAUAUUAUAUACAAAAGCUGGGAUGGAAAAAAAAAAAAGAUGCCCAUUAAAUAUGCUAUAUAUGGAGUAAUAUUUGAGUCAAAUUUUAGUAUUUUUUUUUAAAUAGAUUAGGGAAAUUUGAACCUAUAAUUUGUAGUAUACAACCCUUU